AUGGGAUCGAACGACGCGGAAAUCAUUCUCAGCAACUACACAGGCCAAGGAGGGCACGUAACCCUCAAAGCCGCCAUCGAAGAGACCCUCAGCGACAAUGCAAUCUCGGGAAACCUCUUCAGCCAGAUACAGCGUACGCUGGGGGUUACAGCACGCGAUCUGGGUAUGACCAGGACCCUCGCAGGUGCUGGGGGUGUUGCUUAUACCGCGCGACACAAGGUGACCCUGUGCACGAAGGCCCCUGGAGGACGGCGAUCCGAGAACCUUGACUUCUACAUUACCGAGUCCCAGGGAAACCAUAUAAUGGGCCGAUAUGACAUUGUUCUUGGGAUGUUCUCAGCGGAUAGGCUUUUGCUGAAUGAUACGUCCAGACACGUAGCUCCACUUUGUCUUGACAAGGGGAAGGACCCAGCGAAAUUCAACAAGGAAUCGGAAGAGAAAGGAAAAGCAGGCCGGGGGAAGGCUCAACAGGCCGAUGCUGAAUCUGAAAGGAUCAAGAAGGAGCGAAACGCAAAUCAGGGACAGCCUAGGAGCAACAUCCAACCGAGAUGA